UACUGUGCAGAUGCAUGCUGGGAAGUCUGGUCCCAGCCCUUGGCAACAGAAACAUCAACAUCCAGCUUGCUGAAUUAAAAUAUGAUAGCUUCGUGGAAUUAGCAUCUCUGGAUUAGUGUAAAGGAAUCUUAAUAACCAGUUGGAAACUUUUGUUUUUAAUGUAAAAAGCAGAAUGCAAGCGGACGACGCGAGAUAUUUGAAAAGAAAAGUGAAGGGCGGUAGCUUGGAUGUCCACCCUACAGAGAAAGCCCUCGUCGUCCAAUAUGAGGUGGAAGCCACAAUUUUGGGAGAGAUGGGGGACCCAGUGCUUGGGGAUCGCAAGGAGUGUCAAAAAAUUAUCCGCCUCAAAAGCCUGAAUGCCAACACGGACACGGCAUCUCUGGCCAGGAAAGUGGUGGAGGAGUGCAGACUCAUCCAUCCAUCCAGGGUUAAUGAGGUGGAGCACCUGCUGAAGUACCUCCAGACUCGCAAGAAGACCGGAAGUCUUGACAAGCGGGAAAAAACACCCAUCAAGCCAAGGGACCUGGCCCCUUUCGAAGGCAUGGAGCUGGAUGAGGAGGCCAACAUUAACAGCAUAGAUGACUAUGUGGAGCUGCUGUAUGAAGACAUUCCAGAGAAGAUCCGCGGGGCCACUCUCAUCCUGCACCUUGCCCGUAACCCUGACAACCUUGAGGAGCUGCUGCAGAACGAGACGGCCCUGGGAGCUCUCGCUAGAGUGCUCAGGGAGGACUGGAAGCAAAGCGUUGACCUGGCAACCACCAUCAUCUAUGUUUUCUUCUGUUUUUCUAGUUUCUCCCAGUUCCACGGCCUCAUAACGCACUACAAGAUCGGCGCCCUGUGCAUGAACAUCGUGGAGCACGAACUCAAGCGCUACGAUCUGUGGCAAGAUGAACUGCAGAAGAAGCAGAAGGCUUGUGUGGAUGAUCCAGAUAAUGUGAAGAAGGAGUAUGAGAAGGCCUUCAAGAAGUACCAGGGGCUGCUUGUCAAGCAGGAACAGCUGCUGCGAGUGGCCUUGUACCUGCUGCUGAACCUGUCCGAGGACACGCGCACGGAGCUGAAGAUGCGCAACAAGAACAUCGUCCAGCUGCUGGUCAAGACUCUGGAGCGGGACAGCCAAGACCUACUGUUGCUCGUGGUCUCCUUCCUCAAGAAGCUCAGCAUCUUCCUGGAGAACAAGAAUGACAUGGCUGAGAUGGACACGGUGGAGCGGCUGGCCAGGCUGGUGCCGUGCGAUCACGAGGACCUGCUGAAUGUCACGCUGCGCCUGCUGCUCAACCUCUCCUUCGACACAGGCCUGCGCAGCCGCAUGGUGCAGGUGGGCCUGCUGCCCAAACUCACCGCCCUGCUGGGAGACGAAGCUCAGAGGCAGCUCGCUAUGUGUAUUUUGUACCACAUCAGUGUGGAUGACCGCUUCAAGUCCAUGUUCGCCUAUACUGAUUGCAUUCCACAGGUGAUGAAAAUGGUGUUUGACUGUGGAGAAGAGCGCAUUGGGGCGGAGCUCAUCUCUUUCUGUAUCAACCUGGCUGCCAACAAGAGAAAUGCCCAGAUUAUCUGUGAAGGAAAUGGUCUGAAAAUGCUGAUGAAGCGUGCUCUGAAGCUGAAGGACACACUGCUGAUGAAGAUGGUCCGAAACAUCUCCCAGCACGACGGCCCCACCAAAAACCUCUUCAUUGACUAUGUGGGGGAUCUGGCCGCUCAGAUUGGCCCUGAGGAGGAUGAGGAGUUUGUGAUCGAGUGCCUGGGCACGCUGGCCAACCUCACCAUCCCCGACCUGGACUGGGAGCUGGUGCUCAAGGAGUACAACCUGGUGCCCUACCUCACUGAACGCCUAAAGCCUGGCUCCGCCGAGGACGACUUGAUCCUGGAGGUGGUGAUCAUGAUCGGCACCGUCUCCAUGGACGACUCCUGUGCCGCCAUGCUGGCCAAGUCUGGCAUCAUCCCCGCCCUCAUCGAGCUACUCAACGCCCAACAGGAGGACGAUGAGUUUGUUUGUCAGAUCGUGUACGUGUUCUACCAGAUGGUGUUCCACCAGGCCACCAGAGACGUCAUCAUCAAGGAGACCCAGGCCCCAGCGUACCUCAUCGACCUCAUGCACGACAAGAACGCUGAGAUUCGCAAAGUGUGUGACAACACGCUGGACAUCAUCGCUGAGUAUGAUGAAGAAUGGGGCAAGAAGAUCCAGACGGAGAAGUUCCGCUGGCACAACUCACAGUGGCUGGAGAUGGUGGAGAACCGGCAGAUGGACGAGGCGGAACCCUUCAUGUAUGGAGACGACGGAGAACCCUUCCUGCACAAUGGAGACAUCCUGGAGCGCCCGGACCUCUUCUACAGUGCAGAUGGCAUCAUCCCCACAGAUGGAACCAUCAGCCCAGAGUUCUACACAGACUUCCAGAACGGAGACAUGGUGGGGAGCUCUGUGUCAGAGGGGUUUGUCCAAUCAGCUGGGACUCCGGUCCGACCCACCACAGCCUACGGCUUCCGCCCAGAUGAGCAGUUCUACUACGGCUACGGAGCGUCACGAUGAACACACACACUCACGCGCUCCUCCCCAACACCAGAAGACGCUAGCGCUGCGUCUUCACAACGUCCGCGUACUAUCACCCACUGUACUAUACCGCAGCUAAGCAGCAACAUAGUGAAGACACAAACAUACACACACACACACACACAGUCCUUACUCUGUUUGAGCAACGUCACAGCCUUUGCUGUUUCUACUGUACUUUACAUAUGUGUGUUUCUCUUGUGAAGGUGUGAUCUGUGUGUGAAGUGUCAGCUUGUAUUUAAGCUGCCGUGCGUGUGUGUGUGCGUGUAACUGAACAUGGCCAGUCUGUUGCUAUUACUGUUCACACCACUCUCAUUGGCAUCUCUCAUAUCCUGUAAUGUCUUAAUAUUGACUCUAAACCUGGUGUUUGAAAAAGUCUUAAUAUAUACUGUAGAUACGCUGCACACUUUUGAUUGUAUUGUAUUUGGCUGACCGAGGAGGAGAUUGUGUGUACUGUAUGCGUGUGCAUUUCUGCGUGUGUGUUUACGAUUGUGUGUCGGCGUGUGUGCGGGUUGUGCUGAAACAGGGUCAUAAAUGCAGACUUAAGGUUUUGCUAGUUUUAUGUGCAAUAGGGUUUAUUACCUGCAUGAUGUCUCCACACUUCCCUGCCCAUAGCGUUGAGAAUGACUGAAAGAGUGAAUUUAAUCUGGUACUUUAGUCUUACAGGCACCAGGGGGCGCCAUUGUAGUAUUUCUUUUUCCUGCUGUGGUUAUGCAUGAUGCAGAGUAGGUGUAGUUCAUGACUGUCUUAUUUCUCCAUACAUUAAGCAUACUUAAGCUAUAUGUAAGCUCUCUCUCACACACACACACAUAGGAGACUUUCAUUAAUCCUUUGCACAUGCAAGCACACACUCUGGCUACUGGUUAUUGACUUUAACUCACAUUUAACCACAUGGAGACAUACUUACUAUUUACUUACACUAUACUGUCUGUAGAUGAUGUAUUUGUGCACAUUGAAUCCUAAAGGCCUCUUCUCUGAGGCACCAUUUGACUGUAAGCUGUUGUCCUGUGCCAGACUUAGCUCAAGAAGAGGAAGAGGAUACCCUGUCAUAUUGCCUUUGUUGCUGGUUAACAAGACAUUGUGUUUGUAUAAAAAUAAUAACACAUUUCAUAUUUAUUUAUAGUCUUUUUUUAUUCGUUAUACAUGUUUUUCUCUCUCUCGCCUGUGGGAGCUUAAAAGGGUUCUAUCUUAAACUUGUGAAUGUCAUCUGAUUCUGUUUUAUAUAAGAGGUCUUCCUCUCAGCCUCUGUGGUGCACUGCUGGAAAUAAACACUAAAUCUGAA